AUGCCCACCUCCACAGAAACCGAAAACAACAACCUCGUUCUCAGAGCCCUUUUCAAACAAAUCGAUGUAGGUGGUCAUGGCACAAUCAAUUUCAAGCAGUUGGCCAAAGACAUUCCAGUCAACGGUGAGAAUGCCGCCCGAUAUCGCUGGAAACGAUUCAAGGAAAGUAUUGCAAAAGCUCCCGGUACACCUACUGGGACUGCUGAAACAAAUAACAAUGACCUUGUUAUGAGCGCUCUUUUCAGACAAAUCACAGUUGGCAAAAUUGAUUUCAAACGCUUGGCUAAAGAUAUGGGCGUUAAUGGCCAGAAUGCUGCGAGACAUAGGUGGAGGAGACUUUUGGAGAGUUUUGCAGUCAAGGAUAGGAAUGGAAAAGGCAGAGAUGAUAGGAAGGAUGACGGAAAGGAGGACAAAAAUGGGAGUGAUGGAGACGCCAGCAGUCCCGUGAAAGUAGAAGCGAACACUAAAGUUGCAAGAACGAAACUAGCAGGCUCGCCACUGAAGUACGAGAUUUCAAGGGAGGAAAGUGUGCUAGAGACGCCUACGAAAAGUGGCAAGAGAAAGAUUGAUGAUGCGGAUUUGACUGAUGAGGAACAGGAUGUCAAGAUGCUUAAGAUGCCGGCGAGGAGACUUCCGAAGCGGAGUGCGAUGAAAGUUGUUAAAUGUGAACAGAGAUCGAGUGAUGAUGACACUGAGGAGGAAGGCAUUGAUGAUCAAGGUCAGGAAGAGGAAUCUAGUUCUGGGUUUGAGGAUAUUGAUUAUACGAGGGUUGCGAAGGGAAAGAGAGGUUUGAAAUUGGGGAAGAGUAGUUAUGAUGGGGUUUGA